CGUAUAUAUAUUUUGUUGUCAAGUGGAUCGCUCAGGCAUUUUUUGUUUACCACUUCUAUGCGAUUUUUCAGGCAGUUUUCGGCCAUGGCUACUCCAGGAAUCUCGUCCUUGCGAUACAAAUACAUGGAGCGAAGUGAAGCCUUCAAGGAAGACAGCCUCGUGAAGAAGGAACCCUUUUCGCUAUUCCGGGAGUGGUUUGAAGAGCUUCUCAAGGAUCCGGCUGUCAAUGAGCCCAACGCGAUGUGCCUCUCUACCGUGGACAAAAAUGGGCAGCCGAGAUCACGAUAUGUGCUGAUGAAGGGCUACACAGACGAUGGAAUCACGUUCUUUACCAACUACGAGAGUAAUAAGGCCAGGGAUAUGCUGGAGAAUCCGAAGGUGGCCCUGAAUUUCUACUGGUUCGCCCACAAGCGGCAGAUUCGCGUCGAGGGAGUGGUUUCCAAGGUUACACAGGAAGAGUCUGAAGAGUACUUCCGCUCCAGGCCUGUGGACAGCCAGAUGAGCGCAUCCAUCAGUCAGCAGAGUCGCAGAGUGCCCAGUCGGGCGCAUCUGGACGAACUGAUGGAAGGCGUGAAGAAGGAAACCGAGGCGGCGGGAGGAAAGGUGCCCAUGCCAAACUGGGGCGGAUAUCUGGUGAAGCCGCAGCUGUUCGAGUUCUGGCAGGGGCAGUCCAACAGACUGCAUGACCGCAUAGUGUUCAGACGAUCUGCAGGCGUGGAGAAGGAAGUUGACGGCGUGUUGACGAAACAGGGCGAAAAUGGGUGGGUUUUUGAGCGUCUCGCUCCCUAAUUUCUAGUCAUUCUGCCAAAAUUCACUGUCUUCCAAC